UCUUCACUCUUCACAUCAUAUGAUGUUUGCCAUUGCUUUAUAGAUAACACCAGACUUAGAGAGACUGGACAACAGUUAAUCUAAUCAACCUUGUCCCAUGUAAAACGGGACAUUCUAACAUUUGUAAGAAACUGAAUUCUUAAGAGGAACAGAGCUGGGUAGCUCUAUCUUCUAUGUGAAUUAUCAUUCGAAUGGGUAGUUUACAUGUUAGUUGAUUGAUAAUCGAACGGGAAUCUCCAAUAGUGUGACGCUGGUUAUCUCAAAGCCUUGCUGCAUCUGAUUUUGGGUGAGGCAAAGGGGAGAGAACUCCAAAGACAAACCAAGCUGUCUUUCAUACAAACGACCACUUUGGUGCGGAGUCUUUGAGCCAUUAUUUCGACAAUUUAUAGAUAACAUUUUCUCUACAAUUGAGCAGUGUGUUUUGCAUUCAUCCAAGAUUAUGUUGAGGGGUAUUAGAAAUAGCUAUUGUUUAUACUAUUAUAUGUUCCCUUAGGCACCAGAAAGUUCUACACGGCAUUAGUAAGCGACCAGAUGUGGUACAUUAUGAUUACAAAUUGAUUUUUUUCUCUCUCUUCACACAAGGCAACAUACACACGCAUGCAUGCACAUACGCACACGCACAUAAUGUUAUAUGAUAGUGUAGAAUGCCCUAGCUCCACGCCAAUCAUUAACAGGUUGGCCUUAAUAAACAGCCUGCUGCCCUUAUCAACACUAUUAGUUUAUUUUCCUCUUGGGGGAAGUUCUUUAGUGUUCCCCAGAUAUGCAUUUUGUAUUUUGCACCCUAAGCCCUAGUUUGUAGCUCUAAUCACUGCUCUAGAGUAUAAUAAGACCAUUAGCGUACGCCAUAAUGCAUAAUUAGGGUUUAGAAUAAUCGGUAAUAUUUACUGCUUUGUAUGAAUCAUAGCCCACAAGGAAGGUUUCACCUAACAUCGACCUUUACCAAAAAUAUACUCACUUGCAUCUCGCGUGCAGCUGGCUUUGCCAUGGACUGUGCUUUGUUUAUGGUUUACAGAAAGGUGUAACAUACGCUUUCCUAAGCACAAUUAGAGAUCCUGUACCCUAGCACAUGGGAACAAAUGCUGAAUUAACACAGAGGUGUACUCACAAUGUGGAGAUACUAUGGGCCAACUUGCCAUGUAAUCGAAUCAUCCAUGUUCAACUCAAAUCAUUCAUCCUUGGUAAUGAUCCCGUUAAGACUGCUUUUGUGCUCUUUGCUUCUCGAUACAUCUUGGUAGUAAGUGUUUGCACAAACUUUUGUAGCAUGUAGUACAAACCAUGAUAGGUAUGGUGGAUUGUUUGGUCGUUUUCUUUUUUCUUUUACUUUGAGGAAGCUUAGCAUGUUCGAAUCAAAUCCCUUUAUAGCAAGUGUCUGCACAAACUUUUGUAGCAUGUUCUAGCACAAACUAUGAUAGGCAUGGUGGAUUGUUUCCUUUAUAUUUGUUGUGGAUCAUAGAUAAUUUCUCUUAAUGAAAAACCUAAAUCAUUUGCUGUAUGCUGUUCUGAUGAUGCUCAAAUUUCAAAAGGCAAAGCUGUGAUUAUUUUUUUCCCUGGGAAGAAAAAAAGACAUCCGUUCAGAACUUGCUAAGCAGGAUAGUCAAUACAGGGAGCAGAUUCUGUGAGAUGAACGAAUCCGAUGUCAAAACUCUUACCCCAUUCUAGCAGGGGGUGUGUAUUUUAGCUUUAGACUUACCCGCUAAAGAGACGAUUGCCAGCUAAUCUCGCGCAGACAUUAUUCCAUUUGUUUACUUACAGCUCUUUGGCUGCUAUUUGUUGGAGCUUCUUUUGUUUGCAGGAAUCAAUCCUCUGCUCUCACUCACACCGGACGGAUGGAUGGAUUGUCCUGCUGCCAACAUGUAGGACCUAAACUCAUCUCAUCCUCCGUGCCUGCUGACAGCAAGCCCCUUCCGCGUCGUCCGUCGAUAGGCUGCUCUCGCGCGCUGUCCGUCCGUGAUGCGAUGCAGGCGCACUCGCAUUGGCGCGAGAGAGCACGGACGGACGGACGGACGGAUGGUACUGCAACACAUGAAUUUGUGCGGCAAUGAUUGGAGAAGGGAGACAUAGAUCUGCGGCAACCUUUCUGGCGAGCAUAAUGAUGCAGGAGAAGAUAAUCUGGUGGGCGGUCGGGUCCAGUUCCAUUCCUCAAUGACUGCGGUGCACGACGGGGGUGGCAUGGCAUGGCACGGGUAAAUGCCUUGUGCCGAGCCCGGCCAGCGCUGCCGCGCACAGGACUGGCAAAGCGCGUGUGGGCGGACACCGGGUCGUGGACGGCGAAGGCCAUGUGUAGGGGCUACCCUAACAAAACACAACCCCCGUCUACCAUACGAGGCUGCCUCACGGUCUUCCUCUCCUUCUCGUUCUCAAAGAUAAGAUGAGGAGGGGAAAAAGAAAAGCGGAGGCAGAGCUAAGCUGGGGAGGGGACUGGUCUCGGAAUCUAUCUAUCUAUCUAUCUAUCUAUCUAUCUAUCUAUCUAUCUAUCUAUCUAUCGAGGCUUGUUAUCUACGUAGCAGCAGCAGCAGCUCGUGGUCCAUGCCCUGGGCAGUUUGAAGUCGUAUCCUUUCCAGUCUUUGGCCCGCCCGGCAUUUCUCUCUCAAGAUUCGCUACGUAUACGUACGCAGAAGAGGAGGGGAAAGGCAUGGAGCGAGGGAGGGACGCUGCUGCGCUGAGUAGAAAGAUAAAGAGGAAUGGAGGAGGUAAGCUUAGCUGCAGUGCAGGGGAAUAACUUGCAGUUCACUUCUUGCAGUGUUAAUCAGCGCAGAUGGUUGCUGCUUCCUUCCUUGCUGAUGCUUUUCUUAAGCCCGGAUUUUGAAAGCUUAAGGAGGAGGGAAGGGGAAGGGGAGGGGGGGCAAAAGCGUGUUUGGAGUGAAUAAAAGUAUUGCAUGGGUGCCACAGAAAGAUUGAGAUUAGGAGAAUCUCAACUCUGCCCUGCGAGAAAAAGCAUCUCCAGCAGCCGGGGCAGACCGCGACUCCUCCUCUAAUCAAUCAAGCAAAGGUUUCAUUAUUUUCAUCUCUGAAUUUCGCAAGAAAAAGAAACACUAGUACAAUUCCUAGUAUGAGUUUCCUACGCCGCUCGAAAGCCCAAACAAAUCUCACCUAAACCCUAUCAAUGAUGAAGUGAAAUGAAAUGGGACGAAACGAAAGCGGCGUUGCUUUGCCGUGGGGGGCAAAACGGCGAGGCCUCGAUCGCAGCCCCUCCUAAUGUUGACCACCAAUUUUCCCUUGAGCAAAAAACUAAUGAUGGCGAUCAUGGAGGGCGUGUAAAUAAUUGCCCGUGUCCACCCGAUUAAAGAAGUGCAAACAGUCAAAUAAUGAUGAGCGGGGUGGGUGCACAAGUUUUACAGCCAGGCAGGCACCUUGAGAAAGCGAGCAUAAACUAAUGCCUGCGAGGGUUGGCAAUGUCAGGGAUGCCUCUUUACGCCUGCUCCUCUCCUCUGCUCCUGCUAUGCUAUGAGCGGUGCGGUGCGGUGCGAUGCCGAGCAAGUAAGUAACCCAGGCGGAGGGGGUCGUAACUGAAGGAAAGCAAAGGUAAACACCAUGAUUAAAGGGCUGUUAACAAAGGAAAGGUAAAGCGGGGACGGUUAAGGUGCCCUAACACAUUUUAAAGCUUGUUAAACAAAACAAAAAACUGGCCGUGGAUGGCGGUGGUGCCCAGUUUGUGACUAGGAGUAGGAGGAGGAGGAGCAGAGGGCUAAAGCGGUUUGUUGCCCCAAUCUCUCUCUCUCUCUCUUUCUGGUUAACCAUGCACAGAAACUAGUAGGGCCUCUGGUGGUGGUGGUGGUCAAGAAGAACUAGUAGUAGUACUAGCAGUGUAGUCCUACAAAUGCCACAAGCCUUUGCCUCCACACUCUCCCUCUAGCUAUGUAAGCAUGGUCUAUGCGUCUCCCUCUUUUCCUAGCUCAUCUUCUUCCUACGCCUCUCGCCGGCACACCUAGCGCCACAAUCUGCAGCGGCCGCCUCUCCUUUUCUUGCCGUUUCUGUCCAUAGCCUCGCUGCCUUAAGAGCUUUUGCCCAUCGCAUUGCCCAUACGGCCCUGCCCGACCAGAGCACUUCGUCUUCCCUCUCGUCUGCCUCUCGGGUUCUUUCGGCCAGCGGAGGAAUCCAUUUGCUACGCUUGUUGUUGGAGCAGGCAGCUAGGUAGGAGCCAUGGACAUGAACGAGAGCAGCGAGAAAGGGAUGGAGGGCAAUGGGUCCUCUGGCCCCGGCGGCGGCAUCCCCGUGGAGUGGCAGAGCCAAUUCAGCGGCGGCGGCGGCUUCUCGGCGCACCAUCACCAGCAGCAUCCUCAUAUGAUGGACUCCUUCGCGUCCGGCAUGUGGCCGGCGGCCUCGCAGCACGGCGCGGGGUUCCUGGCGCCGGUGCCCGGCUUCCUCCCGCCGCCUGGCCUCGGGGGCCAUUUCCCGGUGGACUCGGGCUUCAUCGAGCGGGCCGCGCGAUCGUCGUGCUUCGUCGGUCCUGGCUCCGGUGGCGGGAUGAUGGGUGCUGGCGCUUUUGGCGGCGCGGGCGAUCAGCACAUGGGCAGCGCUUUCGGGGAGGGGUACUUGGAUCAUCGUAGGAAGGAAGGCGGGGACAAGGCCGAGCCGGAGCUCGCCGGGAGCGGCGGCGUGCCGAGCUCGGAGGCAGCCGGCGGAGACUGCUCGUCCAAAGGGUCCGACUCCAAGAAGAGGAGAAGGCCCAGCGAGGUGAUGGGAGGUGAUCAGGUUCAGUCUUCCAACGUGGCCGCUGACUCCGCAAACGAGAGCGCCCAGAGCAAAGAUAAAGGCGAGGAGAGCAGCCCGGCGACGGGGACGACGACCGGCGGCAAGUCCAAGGGGAAGGGUGCCAAGGAGAGCUCCGAGAAGGAGGACUACAUCCAUGUCCGAGCCCGGCGCGGGCAGGCAACCAACAGCCACAGCCUCGCUGAAAGGCUGAGAAGGGAGAAGAUCAGUGAGAGGAUGAAGCUUCUACAGGACCUUGUUCCCGGCUGCAGCAAGGUCACCGGGAAGGCGGUGAUGCUCGACGAGAUCAUCAACUAUGUUCAGUCCCUGCAAAGACAAGUCGAGUUCUUAUCGAUGAAGCUGGCGACAGUAAACCCGAGGCUUGACCUCAACAUAGAAGGGCUUCUCUCAAAGGAUCUUCUUCGCUUCCCUGGGGUGUCCUCCUCGUCGAUGGGAUUCUCCCCGGAGAUGAUGCACCCGCAGCUGCAGCUGUCGCAGCCGGGGCUGAUGCAGGGAGGCGCCGCCGCCAUGGCGAACUCGGACGUGUUCAGAAGAAUCAUGCAAGCGCAACUAGGAGCAAAAGAUGGAUCCCAUUCACAGAUGGCCCACGCAUUGAAUGGCCCGUUCAGCGAUCACGUUGCGCAGAUGGCGUACCCGUCCAUGGGCUCCUCGCACUCGCACUCGCAGGACCUCAGCAUCAGGCCGUCCCAGGACGCCUACCAAAUGUGAUUGAUGCCAUCGCCAGCCAGCCUCCUGAAGAGCCACCCGGCCCGAGUUUGUUUGUCCAGCUAGCUGGCCUAGGCCUAGCCAUCAAUCAUCUGACCGCCAACGGGACGGGCAGCAGAGCAGAGGCCACAUGCACGAGCAAUAUGACCACUGAAGCUGCUGCCGCUGCUGCUGCCGCCCGUGCGUGCGUGCGUGCAGUGCACAGCUGGAGCCUUUAACUGCGCCGUGCGUGCGUGGCCGUGUGUAAAUCGAUCCAUGGAUGGAUCGGGCGUGUUCUUGUUGUAUUCGGGGCUGGAACUGGAAAAAGGGGGCCGAGCAGCCCCACGGGGAGAAAUGAAAUCCUGUGGCGUGGAAUGGA